AUUUUCAAAUUAAACUUUUACUCAAACACAUCACAAAGCCAAUAAAAAAACGAAAAUACAAAAAAUACAAACAAACUAAAAAAAAAAACAAAACAACUUGCGGUCACAUCUCAAAAUCAAGAAUUGCCAGUUAAAUUUUCUCAACUUGAGUUGAGUCUUCGGGUAGUAAUAGCGUAGCGUCCAGAGUAGAACACCCACUUAGCCACCCCAUCUAGAGACAGUGGCAUAUUAAAAUUUAUAGCGCUUUACUUAACGCCUUGAGCGCAUGAUCGCCGUCAUUACCCAUCAACAGCAACAUCAACGUCAUCAGCAAGUAACGCUGCUGUGCAAAUUUGUGAUUUUCAUCAGCCUCCACCCUCUGAGCAUGAGAUGAUCAGAGCAUCUGUGGCGAUUUAUGCAAUUUUCGGUGUAAUCUUCUGUGUGAAAAGCGAAAAUAUUUUUAGUUUUCUUUUUUGAUUUUUUGUAACCACACACAGUGUCUUGUAGCGCUUAGCGUAGACAUGUGAAGUGCCAGAGUGCUCGGGAAAAAAGUGAAUACGGAAGAAAUUUUAAAAAUCAUAAUAAAAGCAACUGCUUGAGUGAAUAAAAAAUUUUUUUAAUAUUUUUUCAUAAAUUUUUUAAAGCUAAAUUCACUACAACGGCUACAGCAGUGCAAAGAAUUUUGAAGCUGUUAAUGCAACUGCAGCACAAGCUGCUGCGUAGUCAACUGAAUUGCAUUAGCAUUUAUAUCGCAGUUUGAGACUCACGAACUUCUCUCGCAACUUAACGGCAAACGGAUCUGCAAUCAAACUCAGGCCAUAACUCCUGCAACACGGUCCACCUUUAACGAGAUAAAAAAAGUAUCCAACCCAACUGAUUUAGCUGUUAGUAAAAAAUAAUAAAACGUAGUUUUUAAAUAACCAACUUCGUAUAAAGAAUUUAACUAAAUACCUCAUUUAAUGAUAAACGCAUACACAAACAAAAAACCAAUUUUAAAUUUAAUCACUACAACUGAAAAGUCUAAAACUUUACACAAUCAUCAAGUACCUGAAACUGUUGUUAUUAGUUUUAAAAAACAUCAACAAAAUUUUAGUAAAUCUGGGUAAGCUGUGGUUUAUAGUAAAAGAUUAUCUCUUUGCCAAAAUGGGUCCACCAAAUUCUACCACCGUCAAUGGUUCGGAGUUACCACCCAAAACUACCGAACGCUGUGAAGCUCCCCGUGAGCUGAAGGGCAUACGCAAAUGGCUAAGUGAGAAUCUUAUGCUGCUCGUAACACUCUCUGGCGUUAUGCUGGGUGUCAUUUUGGGUUUCUCACUUCGUCCUUUCCACCUACAUGAGGACUCCAUUAUGCUGAUCUCCUAUCCGGGCGAGUUAUUUAUGCGUGUGCUGAAACUGAUGAUUUUACCUUUGGUCAUUUCAAGUCUUAUCGCCGGUUCGGCCAGCUUAAAUGCCCGCAUGAAUGGCAAGAUAGCCCUAAGGACUUUGGUGUAUUUUGCCUCUACCUCGCUGAUGAAUGCCGCAUUGGGUAUUGCUUUGGUGCUGCUGAUUCAUCCAGGUGACCCGGAUUUACACAAUUCUAUAGAUCGUUCCACUGAUAAGAGGGCUGUGAAUCUUUUGGAUAGUUUAUUGGAUUUGGGAAGAAAUGUCUUCCCAGACAACCUAUUCCAAGCCACAUUUCAACAAGCGCACACUGUUUAUCUGCCUAAACCUUCAAUAACGAAUACAUUCAAUGAAACCGUCAGCGAGACCAACGAUACAGAUGAAGAUCCCGCCGUAGAGGCACAACGUCAGGAUGUGGAACCCGCACUCAUACGUGUCAUCCAGUAUCGCAGUGGCACCAAUACCCUGGGCAUUGUUUUCUUCUGUCUAGUCUUUGGCACAUUCCUCGGCACAAUCGGUGAAAAGGGCCAAGUUGUGGUGGAUUUCUUUUCGGCCAUAUUUGAGGUUGUCAUGAAAAUGGUCACCUGCGUCAUGUGGCUAACACCGGUGGGCAUCAGUUCGGUGAUAGCGGGCAAAAUUCUCAGCGUCAACGAUCUGCAUCUGGUUAUGGCCCAGCUGAUGUGGUUCAUACUGACGGUGACCAUUGGGGUGGUUCUCUAUCAGUUUGUGAUCAUGCAAGCCAUCUAUUAUGUGGUGGUGCGUCGUAAUCCAUUCAAAUUCUAUGCAGGAUUAAUACAAGCCAUGCUAACCGCAUUUGCGACAGCAUCAACUGCUGCUGCACUUCCUGUGACAUUCCGUUGCAUGAACGACAAGCUACGUGUGGAUCAGCGUAUAACGCGUUUCGUCCUGCCCAUUGGCUGUAACAUCAACAUGGACGGCACGGCUCUCUUCAUUUCCAUUGCUUCGAUCUUCAUCGCUCAGAUGAGUGGCAUGACUUUGGGCUUUGGCGAAAUUGUCACUGUCCUGCUGACAUCUACCGCAGCUUCGAUGAGCUCUGCUAGUGUACCAAGUGCUGCUCUGGUUCUACUCUUGGUUGUCCUGACGGCUAUUGAUGCUCCGGUGCAGGAUGUCACACUCUUGUUUGCUGUCGAUUGGUUUGUCGAUCGUAUUCGGACCACUAACAACAUGUUGGGUGAUUGUUAUACAGCAGCCAUUGUUGAAGAACUAUCUCGUAAGGAAUUAAUGGCACUUGAUGCUGCAAUACUUUAUCAGGAAAUUCCCAUCAGCACCCCCAAUGGUCAUGUCAGUUUGGAGGGACAAACUGAAUUGGAUAGCACUUGCACCAUGCCAGAUGCUGUUAUAGUGGAUAUGAAUGCGGUUAUCAAUAAGGUGCAACAUCAGCAGCCACAUCAUCAGAAUGGACAUGCCAAUCAUAAGAUUUAAGAGAGAUUUCAAAGCAAAAACACAAAAGGAUCCCAAAAGUGGCAUUACAGCCAUAGUUGUAGAGUUAAACCAAAGAACAAUAAUUGCGUGAGCAUAUGUAAACCACAUGAUUAACAAUAACAACAACAACAACACCAAUCGCCACAACAACAACAACUAAAACAAUAAGAGUAGCAAUGAAACACGUAAUUGUCUAAAGUUCACUUGUGUAGUUUUAAAAGUUACCCCCCCCCCCACCCAACAACCACCCAUUCCAAGAGUUUUCUACGGCCGUUUAUGCCUCGGUCAGACUCAUAAGCCACCCCAUAGCAAACAUAAAAAUAUCAAAGAAACAGAACUUCUGUAUGUCAAGAACCCUCUUAAAGGGUUAAUUUUCUUAAGACGUAUCAAAAACCCCUAAAAAUAGACUUCAAUUUAAAGCCAUGCAAUAAUAAGAAUGACCACAUAAUCAGACUGUUUAUCAUAAAAAUCAAACAAGCAAAAAUGUCCAAGAGAAAAUAAUCCAUGAAAUAAACCAAUUUGUAUUCUUGAAACCCACCAAAACUAUUGAAAAAUUAAAUUAAAAAAAAAAGAAUUUUCAAUAAAAAAAAUUAAAAGACUCCUUUUUGCAAAACGAUUAACAAGAUGAACGUUUUAAAGAUACUCUCAAAAAAGUGAAUAAAAAACCCAAGACUUUGUGCUCCCCCCACCACCCAUUGAACACACUCGAACACACCCAGACACACCAGUAUAAAGCCCCCUAUAACUAUUUUAAAUAUUUCUUAAUGUUAGGCAAGUAUUUUAAAGAAAAAAAAAAAAAAAAAUAAAAAAUCAACA